AUGGCAGCAGUGGAUUUGCGACUGUUGUUGGUGGCUCAACUCUACAACUCUAUGCACGGACUGGGGACCGAUGAACGCGCAUUGUCCAGAAUCAUCGCUAUCCGCUCUGAAAUUGACCUUGCAACUCUAAAGGUGCUCUACCAACAGAAGAUUGGACGUUCAUUGGCCGAGAUGGUGAAGAGUGACACAACCAGCGACUACCGAUCUCUUCUACUGACACUUCUGGGGGAGAAAUGA